AUGAUGGGUUCCUAUGUCAUCCUAUUAGUGUCUGUAUUCUGUGUAACCGCUGUUGAAAGAAUUUUAUUCAGUGUGAAGGAGGAGGAAAAAUCCGGUAGUCUUGUUGGAAUAAUCCUUCCAAAGUUGUCAGGCCGCUUAAGAAAUUACAAAGAUCGAAUGAACUUCCAGAUUAUACAAAAGGGAGACUCACAGUACUUUCGAGUCACACCUCAGGAUGGACGCAUCACAUUGGCUCAAGUGAUAGAUCGAGAGUCCCUUUGUCCCUCUGAAAAUGCACAUACUGCGCCUCACUCAUUAUCGAGUCCGGAAGGUCAGUGUCAACUCCGGUUUACCAUCAGCAUCCUUCACGAGGGCACCUCAGAGAUCUUGGAAGUGGUUCAGGUCAUUGUCAAUAUUCUCGAUGUGAAUGAUAACAGGUGUAAAUUUGAGCCCUCAGAUAAGCAGACAGUGCGCAUUCCGGAAGACACUUCUGUGGAUCCUAAUUAUCGAAUUCCCUUGUACAUUCCUUCUGACCCCGAUGCUGCAAUAAUGAAUCGUAUUGAUCCCCGAAGCAUUGCACUCAAAUCUGCUGAUGACAUUGACAGUGCUCGCUACUUCGAUCUUCACGUCAGUGAGACGAGUUUUGCCAACAAACCAGUUACCUUGCAUCUGUUGCUAACAAGGAAAUUGGAUUAUGAAGCUUUGUCGAUCCAUAAGUUGGUGGUCACGGCCAGUGAUGCCAGUAGAAGGAGCAUAUCCACCUGUAGCCUCCAGCUGACCAUCCAGGUCAUUGACGUAAAUGACAAUCCUCCGAGAUUUGCAAAGAAACUUGUCCAUUUGAGCUUAAAUGAAAACGCCCCGAUUGGCUCCUUGGUGCAUCAGCUCCAGGCUACCGAUCAGGACAAGGGUCCAGUAUUCAGCAAACUUAUUUUCUCCCUCGGAACCUACACCCCAGGAGAUGUGACUUCUUAUUUUGGUGUUCAUCCAUACAAUGGCUCAGUGUUCUUAAAACAGCGCCUCUCGUAUAGGAAAAAAAGAAAAUUUGAAUUCUCUGUGAUAGUUCGAAAUCCGACUGAUGCUGAGAUUAUUACGAAAUCCAACAACGGGAAACCUCAACUGGAAUUUUCAAGAGAUAUUCAAGUGGAAACAACAAUGCAUGACACUUCUCGGAUUGUUGUUGACGUUAUUGAUGUUAAUGACGAGGCUCCUGCUAUAUCCUUUUACGCACCCAAUGGUGGAAGGGAAUUGUCAAUUGAGGAGAACACCGUCCUCUUGCCAUCUGAUUUUGGUGUAGUAAGUGUGACGGAUGGCGAUUCUGGCGAUAAUGGAAAGGUAGAAUGCACUCUUGCUGAUAACGUCACUAAUUUCUUUCGUCUUGUCAAAAUGGCUUCUGGUGACAGCAUGACAGAGGAAGGCAGAGAGACUUUGUUUAAACUGUCGGCAAUUCAUAAUUUUGAUAGAGAAGAACGGCUUACAAUGACUCUUGCAAUAUUUUGCCAUGAUUUUGGAGUACCUUCAAGAAAUUCAUCGACAAAUCUUACCGUACAGAUUAGAGAUGUCAAUGAUAAUUCCCCAGUCUUUGAUCAGGACUACCUUGAACUGAGCGUUACUGAAGAUAGCGAUCCAUCUAGACAAAAUAGCGACUAUAUGAUUGGUCGUGUUCUGGCUCAUGACCCGGACGAAGGCGUCAACGCUGAGAUCACGUAUGAUUUAAUUCAGUCAAAUGUUCAGAACUUUUUCACGAUAGAUCCCAAGACCGGUGUUUUUAGCUCAAACGGGAAGUUGGAUCGCGAAACAAAUGAUCGGCAUCAGUUUUUGAUUGUCGCCAAAGAUUCUGGGAUACCACAGCUAUCGUCAUCUAUUACUGUAACUAUUCAUGUAUUAGACUUCAAUGACGAACCACCUGUUUUCGCCCUGUCAGAUCUUGAAUUUAUGAUUACUGAAGGGGUAAAGAGGAAUACUCUUAUCGGGACUGUCGAUAUCACUGAUGCAGACUCGGGGAUCAAUCGGGAAUUGAGCUUUAGAAUCCUGACAAAUGACUUGCCUUCACAUUAUCCAGUUACCUCAAGUGAAAGUUUACAUCACUACGACUGGAGACACGAACAAACGACAUCAUUGCCGUAUCGUUUGGAGUCACGAUUUAAUCCACUAAAGAACGGAUACGAGGUCAGCAUUUUCACCGAUGGUGAGUUGCAUGCAGAAGCAGCGACGCAGCAUAUGGAGUACUCCGACAGUGGGUCCCAAACAAUCUCUUUUCACUCUUUUUUCAUUGUGGCAGAAGAUGGCGGAACUCCGAAAAGAAGUUCGAGAGCUCGUAUUAUUGUUCACCUGCUCGAUAUAAACGAUAAUGCACCUGUUUUCAACUUUCCCUCAGAGAAAAAUUCGACGGUUAAUGUAUCAUACAAUGAAUACGUGGGAUAUCCUUUCACUCAGGUAGGACCUGUUAAGUAA